UUAGAGAGAGAAAGAGAGAGCGAGAGAAGGAAGGGGGGGGGGAAGGCAUGAGUUUGGUUUGUUAUUGGCGAGCAAACUCUCGACUUCAAUUUUUUUAAUCUUUCUCUCUCUUAAUUUACUCUAAUUUUGGUGGACGGGAUAAUAAUAAAUACCGGUUUUACAUGGCCAUAUAACUUGGACGCAUUUGGUUUGAAAACCAGUUUUAGAGAUAGAGAGUUUUUAGUGUGUUUUUUUAGAGAGAGAAACCGCUAAGAUUGGGCCCCAGAUUUCUUGCUGUUAUCCGGGCGUGUUUUGAGUUGCAGAAAGAGGCGUGCGAGUUAAGGCCCGGGCUUUUCCAAGGCCUCAAAUUGAAGCUUUACGAUCACGAGUCUGAAACAGGGGUUUUAAGGAACAGAUUUCUUUUCAAGAAACCAAAGGAAAACCUCGUAUUCCCUCUAUUUUCUGGGGAAGAAAUUUGUAUUUCUAGUAUCGUCAAGAGGCCUUCAAAUUAGGGUUUUGAGAAUGGGUCGAAUAGGUCUGGUGAAAAGGGGCGUUAAUGGAGAAGAGAAGGUAAUGACAGAUGACACAAAGUUUAAAAAGGAAGCAUUGAGCUGGAAGAAGAUGGAGUAUCGAUUGGUGAAAUACGAUGCUUUGCCUGAUUAUUUGAGAGACAAUGAGUUCAUACUGGAUUAUUACAGGUGUGAAUGGCCAUUGAAAGAGGCAUGCUUCAGCAUCUUCUCUUGGCAUAACGAGACGCUCAAUAUCUGGACGCAUUUAAUAGGCUUUCUUCUUUUCCUGGCGUUAACAGUAAUUAACGUGCUUGGAAUGCCUACAGUUUUGGACAUAAUUUACGGCUUUUCCAGAUCUGUCCCAUCAGUUCUUAGCGCAAAUAUCUCCAGCUAUUACUUCCAGGAAUUUACCGUGGGCAAAAGCCAACACCACACUGAAUCGGGCGACCUAUCCACCACAAACCCAACUCCACAAUGGCCCAUGCUAGUCUUCCUAUGUGGAGCCAUGACCUGCCUCCUUUGCAGCAGCAUAAGCCAUCUUCUCGCCUGCCACUCUCGGCACCUCAACCUCUUUCUCUGGCGCCUCGACUACUCAGGCAUCGCGCUCAUGAUCGUAACCUCAUUCAUAGCUCCAAUUUAUUACGCAUUCCAUUGCCACCCCAUCUAUCGCUUCUUCUACCUCUCCACUAUCACUGGACUUGCAGUCUUAACAUCUAUCACCCUCUUCGCACCAUCCCUCUCCCGUGCAGAAUUCCGACCUUUCAGGGCCGCUCUCUUCCUUGCCAUGGGUUUCUCAGGUGUGAUUCCUGCCGUUCAUGUGUUGAUCAUGCAUUGGGAUAAGGAGGGGUGCAUGGUGGCCCUGUCUUAUGAGGUGUUGAUGGCUCUGUUCUAUGCCGGGGGAACUGCAUUUUACGUUUCGAGAGUGCCCGAGAGGUGGAGGCCUGGCACCUUUGAUCUCGCGGGUCACAGCCAUCAGAUCUUUCAUUUGUUUGUGAUGGGCGGGGCGAUCACACACUAUGCAGCUGUGCUGGUGCUUCAAGGCUUGCAAUCAAAAUUGAAGUGUCAGUGAUUUUAUGUACAUGUAAGGUAUGUAUAGGUAGGAAAUUGAUACCCAACCUAUUAAGAGCAAGGUGAGGGGAGUGUUGGGGUUCUUGGAGGGUUCUGAGAUUGAUUUAGAUUGCUUUGAUGGGUUUGUAAUUUGAUUCUACAGUGUUGCUCCACACAUGGUCGUUUCUGCUGAAGUCCUCUAAGUGUGGGAUUGGGGAUAUUAUUUGUUCACGACAUUUUUGACAAUAGAAAUUGUUGAAAAAAAAUUGAGAGGUGGAAUGUAAAUUUUCUCAGUGUGUUUGUUGUUUGUUGUAUGGAGCCAUUUGGACCCACACUUAUGUUGUAUUGAGAUCAAGGUUGUAAAGAAAUUGGUGGUUCGAUUCGGAAUCGAUGGAGUCAAACGGGGACUCAGGGGCACCAGCCCGAGUCUUUCUGUAA